AUGGCCACCGACGGAAGAUUGUUUGCAACUUUAAUAACCUUGGUAGUGAUUUCUACGGCGAUCGGACAUGCUACGGAUCCUUCGGAAAGCGGCAAAGUGGAAGGACGGUUACAAUCGUAUGAAUCUUACUUUUACAACGACGUCCAAUACUGGUGGCCCUGGUUCACCGACCUCUCGACGGUGAUCAUGAUCAAGCUGAAGCUCGCAAUAGGAUUGGCAGCCAUUUACGCAUUCGGUGAUGGGUACUACUGGACCAAGACCAAGGAAGUAAGCCACGAAGCUGUGACGCCCAAUUAUCUGGAUACAUGGACAGAACCGGCGGCCUGUUUCAGCUUCAAGAAGUUUUGGGGUCGCCGGAAACGAGAUUUGAGUGGAGCAGAAGUAGAGCACCCCAAUUAUCUUGAGGUCUUUUUCGAUUUGUUCGAAAUCAACGACGAACACUGUCGCAAGCUGGCGGUUUGCGAGAUGGACUUUGAGGCUUCGGGUGAAGGGAAGCUGAACGGAUCGACGAGUUUUAGGCAUGACUUGUUUGGGAAAUACCGCGGGACGGUGCCGAAACAGAAGAGUGAUUGCCGAAGGAUGUAUAGCAGGUGUUCACUUUGGGCAAAUAAGGAUCAGGGAGCGGACAGCAGUAUAGACGAUCAUACGAGCGAGAUGAUCUCGGAGGAUUCUUAG